AUGCGCAGCGUCGUAACCACCGACCCUUUCUUCUCCUUUCGACGCGCUCUUCUCUUUUCGAACGUUGGUGUUCAUCCUCGUAAAGUGUCAGCGGCGGCGGCGGCGGCGAAUUCCUCUUCCAAAUCAUCAACGGCAAAGACGACGACAAACUCUUCUUACGACGUCGAUUCUAUCCUCGAGUUACAGUGUCACGCCAUUGCCAGCGAUGGGUCCGGAGUGUGCAAACUUCCGGACGAACGGAUCUGUCUCGUCGCAGGGGCGACGCCGGACAGAGAAGGGGUGAAAGUUUUAGUGAGAAUCACACAAGUGAAGAAAACGGUUGCUUUUGGGGUGAAAGUUUUCGCGAAAACAAAAGGGGAGGAGGAAGUCUCACCCGCGGGGGUGUCGUCGACGCAUUAUCAGCAACCAUUUUGCGCGCAUUUUUACACGUGCGGAGGUUGCUCGUGGCAAGACGUGAAAUACGAGAGACAGUUGGAUUUGAAACGAACGAUGGUGGUGGAAGCGUUCGCGAAGAACGGAAAGUUAGGCGUGGACGCCGCGGACGCGUUGAUUGAAAAGACGGUUGGAUUGUGGGCAAAUGAUGAUAAAAAUGGUGAUGAUAAUACUAAAACGGAUGCAACGCCGACAAAGUUUCGGAAUAAGAUGACGUUUGCGUUUGGGGUCGAUAACGGUGUGGAGAAAGGCGGCGCGAAGAUUGGUUUGCGUCCUCCGAAAUCGCACGAUGUGGUGGUAGACGUGACGUCGCCGAGCGGGUGUUUGUUGCAGUCGGAUAGCGCGAACGAAGCUUUAAAAGCUAUUAGUAAGUCGUUGCGAAAAGCGGGGAAAUCGUUACCAUCGUUCGAUAGGAAAACUGGGAAUGGGACGUUGCGUUCCGCGACUUUUCGCGAAAACUCGAACGGGAAAAUUGACGUGGAGAUUGAAUCCACGUCGAGAGAGUCCGCGGUGAAGACUGGUCCUUUGAAGGAAUUGAUGACGGAAACGUUGGCGGUGGCGAACGUAAAAUCAGUCACGCACGUCCAAAUCGAUCGAGUCGCGAACUUAAAACAAGCUGGACGUGGGAGAAAGCAAAGCAACGUGAAGAGUGGGAAACGUCCAGAGAGUAACAGAAAAGCUAAAACGACCAUGAUUGACGACGAGGAGGAAGAUGUCGGAGCAGGGUCAAUCGUCGACGACGCGUGGGAGGUAUCUUUGGGCGGUUUGAACUUUCGAGCGAGGCCAGAGUCGUUCUUUCAAACUAACACGACGCAGGCGGAAGUUUUGGUGAACGCCGCGGUCGAAGCGUUGCGACCACUUUUUGAAGAAAAACCGACAAAGCAAAAGAAAAUUGUUCUCGAUCUCUUCUCCGGCGUCGGCGUGUUCGGCUUAACAGUUGCACAUAAAAUACCAAACAUCUCCAAAGUCAUCGGCUACGAGAUUGUCAAAGAAGCCGUACUCGACGCGAAUGAAAACGCCAUCAUGAACAAUCUAUCGAACACGUGCGAGUUUUACGUUCGAGAUUUGACCAAACCCGGUCCAUUGGAAGGUAUCGACGUCGACGACACGAACAAUUCAAACGACGAAGGCGACGCAGACUGUAUCGUCGAAGCCGUUAUCCUCGACCCGGCUCGACCGGGGUGUUCCAAAGACAUCCUCUCCGAAAUACGAAAGUUACGACCAAAACGAAUCGUAUACGUUUCGUGUAACCCGGACACGCAAGCGAGAGACGCGAGCAUUUUGUUCGGGAACGAAGACGAAACCGGCGGACCAUCGUCUCUCCCCACGUAUUCCCUCGCCUCCGUGAAGCCUUGCGACAUGUUUCCUCACGCCUUGCACGUCGAAACCGUCGCCGUGUUUGACCGCGUUGACUAA